AACACACAGCCACACAAUGCAGUAACAAUAUUGAGGAACGUCAGUUCGCCUUGGUUCGUUUAUCGGUCCCAUUUUAUCAGUUUAGAGUCUUCUUUGAUUAUUUUUUCUACUGGCUUAAGUCCAGUGGUAUCACCUAUCUGUGUUGUUACAUGUUUUAAUACGAUUCAAUUGAAAAGUUCUCUGAAUAAGAUGUAGUGUGGAUUGUAGCAUAGCAGUAGUCUGCGUAGCAAGUACCUAUCUAAGUACAUCAGUGAGCUCUCAGCUCUUCGUUAAAGCGGAACGUACCGCUUGAUGUGGCAAGGUUUAGUUGUGAUUAAUCCAACCAGCCCAGUCUAGAUAUCGUAACAAUUAGCUAAGUCUUUCGAGAGUUGAGGAGCCAACUAAACUUUAUCAUGGAGAUGAAAACGAUCUUGAAAAAGCGUCCCUCUGAGCCUGAGAUUUCUUUAGACAAAGAAGAUCAGAAUGGGCAUCAAGUAGAGUCGCCCCAGUUUUUGAAGCCUGGUUCCAAAAUCCGUCCAAUAGUAAGCGAAGAGGAUGUUCGGAAACUGGUGGAACGGCUUUACGGAAUAAUAGUGCUGGAAAUGUGUGAACUGGACUCUUACGAUGAUAAAAAUUAUCUAAUUCAAGCAGACAGUCUCAUCAAAAAUCCCAUCCUCAAAACCAUCAGCCCAAAUGGAUACGUGCUGAAGAUCGCCAAUUCGCUAGAUUCCCAGGAUGAAAGCUUUUUCGAUGGCCAGACGCAGAUUAUGCUACACCUGAACAGUCGAAAAAUACGGUGCCCUGUGCCGAAACAGAACAUUUUUGCCAAAUAUCAUUCGCUUGAAACGCUUGGGGAAGGCAAGCACAUCGUACGCCUGCUGGAGUUCGUUCCAGGGAAGGUGUUUCACGGAGUGCCACAUCCUGAUCGAUUGUUCUACGAAGCCGGGAUGUACAUUGCCAGGAUAGAUGCAGCGCUGAAAAGUAUAACUUGUGAACAUGUUCGCAACCGGCAGUCUAUCUGGAUGUUGGACAACUUUAUGCAGCUGAAAAAUUUCGUAUACGUGAUAAAAGACGAACAACAUAAGGACAUUAUUGAGCAAGUUAUGCAGGCAUAUGAGAAACGAGUUUUACCGAAUUUGGAUCAAUUUGAAAAAGGAUUGAUUUACGGAGAUUUCAACGAACACAACAUUAUUGUCAGUCGAAAGGAAGAUAACUCCAAGGAGUACGAAAUUAAUGGCAUUAUUGAUUUUGGUGAUGUUUGUUACUCGCGGUUUGUUUUCGAGCUUGCGAUUGCGAUGACUUAUAUGAUGUUAGAAUCGGGUGAUUUGGAUACGGGGGGUUUGGUAAUGGCGGGCUAUGAAAUGCUGCGUAUGAUUCCCGAUCACGAGAAGCAAAUUUUAAGAAUCGCCAUAUCUGCUCGAUUAUGCCAGAGUUUAGUCAUGGGCCUGUACACUUCAUCGCUUGACACUGAUAAUCAAUACAUUCUAACUUCACAAAUUCGCGGAUGGAACCUUCUGGAAGCAUUGUGGGCUGAAAAAGACAAAGAUAUUCUGGAACGUUGGCAGAAGAUUGCCGAAAAGUAUCUUACUAAAAGUGAUAAGUAAGAGACUUUAUUGAACAAGCACAGAUUUCCAUAUCACAUAAUUAAACCAAUAUGCCUUUAAAUAGAAAGCAAUUUAUAACAGUAGUGUGGUUUUAAAAUCGAUGCAUCAAAAUCUAGUGAUAGACUGUAGGUCAAUUUAGAAGCCAUAUUUUGGCAGCUGUAUGAAUAAAUGCCUUAUUGAUAUUUGUUUUACAUUUAUUUGUUGUAAUGUAGUAUUCAUUUAUCAAUAAAAAUGAUACGUUUAAA